UUCUACCUUUGCAUCAUGGAUAAAAUCAAAGCUUCAGGUGUAAUCUCCCACAGGAAGAGACAGAAGGGGUUAUAUUCCCCAAAACUUUCCUGCAGUUAUGAAAUAAAAUUUACUAAGUUUGUAAUUUUUAUUAUGCAGAGGAAGAUGGGGGUAACCAGAAGGAUGUUUCUGACAGAGCUGGCAAGAAGAAAAGGUUUCAGAGUAGAAAAUGAGCUAAGUGACUCUGUCACUCAUAUUGUGGCUGAGAACAACUCUUACUUGGAGGUGCUGGACUGGCUGAAAGGACAGGCUGUGGGUGACAGCUCCAGGUUUGAACUACUGGAUAUCUCCUGGUUUACAGCCUGCAUGGAAGCAGGAAGACCAGUUGAUUCAGAAAUGAAGUAUCGUCUCAUGGAGCAAUGUCAAUCUCCUUUGAAUGUGCCUGAAUCAGAAGUGCCAUCAUGUAUUGCAAGAAAAGUAUCUCAGUAUUCAUGCCAGAGGAAGACAACUUUAAAUAACUACAACAAGAAAUUCACGGAUGCCUUUGAGAUAAUGGCUGAAAAUUAUGAGUUCAAAGAAAAUGAAAUAUUCUGCCUGGAAUUUCUGAGAGCAGCUUCUUUGCUGAAAUAUCUUCCAUUUCCAGUAACCAGAAUGAAAGAUAUACAAGGAUUGCCCUGCAUAGGAGACCAAGUCAGAGAUGUCAUUGAGGAGAUUAUUGAAGAAGGAGAGAGUUCUAGAGUUAAAGAAGUGUUAAAUGAUGAGCGAUACAAGGCAUUUAAGCAAUUUACUUCAGUCUUUGGAGUGGGAGUGAAGACAUCUGAGAAAUGGUACAGAAUGGGUUUGCGAACGGUGGAAGAGUUAAAAGCUGACAAGACCCUCAAGCUGUCAAAAAUGCAGAAAGCAGGGUUUCUUUACUAUGAGGACCUUGUUAGCUGUGUAUCUAAGGCAGAAGCAGAUGCAGUAACCUUGAUUGUCAAGAAUACUGUAUCUACCUUUCUACCAGAUGCUUUAGUUACCAUAACGGGUGGUUUCAGGAGGGGUAAGAAGAUGGGACAUGACAUUGAUUUUUUGAUCACCAAUCCAGGACCAAGAGAAGAUUAUGAACUUCUGCAUAAAGUUGUUGACUUAUGGAAAAAGCAGGGCUUACUCCUGUAUUGUGAUAUCAUUGAAUCAACAUUUGUAGAAGAACAGCUACCAAGCAGAAAAGUUGAUGCCAUGGAUAAUUUUCAGAAGUGUUUUACAAUUUUAAAAUUAUAUCAACCAGGAGUAGACAACAGCAGUUACAACACGUCAAAAAAAUCGGAUAUGGCAGAAAUCAAAGACUGGAAAGCAAUUCGUGUGGAUCUGGUCAUAACCCCCUUUGAGCAAUAUGCAUAUGCUCUGUUAGGUUGGACAGGCUCCAGGGAAUUUGGACGUGAUUUGCGGAGAUAUGCUAGUCAUGAAAGGAAGAUGAUAUUGGAUAACCACGGGUUAUAUGACAGGAGAAAGCGGAUCUUUCUCAAAGCUGGAAGUGAGGAAGAAAUCUUUGCAUAUCUUGGCUUGGAUUAUGUUGAACCAUGGGAAAGGAAUGCUUAAAAUGAUUUGCCACAGUACAUUUGUCGAUUGACAUCAAUGGUCUUUCUGCCCAUAUCUCAGUGUAAUUUAGAUAUAUAAUACAAUAUGUGUUUCUGUGACAACUAAAAAAUUUAAAUAUAUUAGAAGUCAUUUACACAUGCUAAUGUUCCUAGAAGAGUUCAAGCUUUUCAGAAUCUUUUCCAGUCUUUUCUGUGUUAGUUUUUGAAGUUACGAUGUGGAAGUGAUAAGAUAGGGCUUGUUUUGGGGUAAAAUUUGAAACUGGUGAGAUUUUUGCUUCUAAUAGGAAUUUAACAUUCCUGUGAACAAUACUUGCUUCUUAAAUAGUCAGCUGUGACAAUACCUAAAUAAUUCAAAACAUUUAAGCUGAGUCAAGAAAUUACUGAAAGGUAUACUUAUCGUUAACUGAAUUUCUUAAGUAUUUUACUGAAUCCAUAUGUAAGAUUGCUACUGUAUAUAAGGCUUAAUGACCUAGGCAGGAGCUACUUUGCAGUCUCAGCAACUCGAGGCUUCAGCUGUAAUAUUUUUCUACAUAAGGCUGUAAAGAAGUUGAUAAUUCAGUGACAGUUAAAAAAACAUUACACAGAAAGGGAUUUUGAAAAGAAAAGUACUCAGUACUAAGCUUCAAUUGUUCAGAAAAAUACUAUAAAUUUGGAGUACUGAUGUGGACUAAAGAUGAUUCAGGUUAUGUGAUGUGAUGGUCCUCAAUCAGGAAUUUGAAUUACAACCUGCAUGAAAACAACUGUUUCAACUGCCAGGCUGGUGACCCUCGAAGAUGAAAGCUUUUCAUUGUCUGUGCUCAAUUUAGAUAGCAGGAAAUUUGUUUAUUAGUAGAUAUAUAUGCAUUGGAAUGGCUAUUGGCUGCUCUAGAAAGGUAUACCCUCUUUUUAGUCAGAAGUUCACCUGAGAUGUGAAAUAAAAAUAAUCCUAUAAGGUAUUUUGGUUUCAGAAAAUGUCCAGGUAGCUUUUGUCACUGUAAUGAUAAUGAAGAAUUUGUAAUACAGUUAUCCUUUAAUGAACAAGGACAUUUACUGCUUUAGGACAUGAAGCUGUUCACUGACAAGUCAUUGUCAUUUGUAGAAUAAAGGUGAUUAAAAACACCAAGAAUGGUCAAAUAAUUUUCUUUCUUAGAAGUCUGAAAGUUUUUUUUCUCAGUUCAGGCUGACUACACCUCUUGAAAUGAUGGGGAAAGAAUGGCAGUGACAGGGCUAUGCACAACAGUUAUUACAGUAAAGGCUUCCCAUAUUCAAACAAUAUUUGAUACUUAGAAAAAAUGUACUGAAUUUGUUUACUCAUUUUAGAAGACUGCAUCAUAAACUAUUCUAAAACCUCAGUCAGGGAUGUAGAAAAAUGUGAUAAUGGCAGGAAUUUUCUUCUUGCCUGUGUCAAAGCAUCCUAUUUAAGUGCAGUUUUGCUAACUGAGCUGAAAAUACAAUGCUACUUUCUAAAUUACUCUAACUAUAAAGCACUGGCAUUGCUUCCUGCAUUAUGGUGCUGAAGUGUGAAGUAUCUUCUCUGUGUUUUGCAUCAGGGUGCUGACACUUACAUGCCAGUGGCCUUUUUUAAUCCUAGUGCAAGAGAACAAAAGCCUUGUCUGAAUAUUCUUUCUAUCUGGCCAACAUUUAUCAGAAAUUAUGCAUUCCAGUUGUGCUGUUUCUCCAUACUUCAAGCCACAGAGGAAAUACGAAACAUUCUGAAUUCCACAUAAAUAAAUAACUUCCGUCUUGUCUGCCUAUACAUGACUUACAAUUAUGCCACCUAUAGGGGAGAAGAUACCAACACAACUUCUGGCGGCUCCUUCAAGAUUGAAAGAAAACAGCAUAUCCCUUUAUUCUUUUAUUUCCCUCAAUUUUUCUGAGCUUUAGUUAGAAUACAUCUUACAGCUUACUCACUGAGUCAACUAUUAAAGAAUACUGUGGAACUGUUAAAUGAGGGGUUGGGUUAAGCAGAAGAACAAAGUUCUUCUAUCUUCAUCCUGGUUUGACCACGAAGAAGAUAGUUUCUGUUAUGAAUACCUUCACUGAAGAAGCUGGUACCCCAGUUAGUAUUAUAGGCACCAUAUGCAGGAUCAUCCUUGAUAGCACCAGCCAAACUCAUCGUGCAUGGACUGGCAGAACCAGAAAAGCAGAAGCUCCAUUUUUAGUAAAUUAACUCUGAAUCAUAACAUCAAUUCUUGCAUCAAUUAAAUCUAGUCCUGCAGUUCUGAACAGUCUCAGCCCUGUAAUCAUUUCAGUGGUUCUUGAUGGUGCUAGUCAGCUGAGACUGUAAUUAAAAAAGAUAAAAGUCAUAUAGGAGAGCUGGGAUGAAACAGGUUAAAGGAAAUAAAACCUUUAUCGGCUGAGCAUGUCUGAAUCCAUCAGCUAGUGAAAACUCCCUACAGUGUAGUGGAACUGUUGGAGUCAAUGGUAACAAUACUUCUGAACUCAUGAAGGACAGGUGACGCCUCAGGGCCUGAAAAAGGGCAAACACUUGUAACAAGAACAGACUAGUAUUUGUAAUAGGAGGAAAGGAAAAGAGAACUUUAGAUCAGUGCAGUUUAUAUUUCCUAAAUUGCUAGGAUGAUUAAUAGACUAUAUUUUUAAAGCACCUAGGGGAAAAUAAAGUGAUAGGUUAUUGAUAACUUGUUAAUCAGAAACAAAUCAUAUCAAACUAAUUCAGUUAUAAAGUUCCUGGAGGCUGUUUUUUUAAAAUGUCUGUCCCUCCUCCCCUGCUUUAUGCCAAGGCAAUUUGGCAAGUAGCGAGUGGAGAAGGAUCAUUGGUUUUAUAGGCAUCUACAGACUAACUCUCUAAAAAUUUUCAGUAUCUCUGAUAUUUUCUAUCUCUGGGAAAAAAUGUAAAAGUUAAAAAGAAAGCCACCGUUAUUUUUUUUGUUCACGGUUUAUGGUAAUGUAUAAUUUGUCAAAUAAUCUCUUAAGGCAAAAGCAAUGAGAUAUAUUUAGAUUGGUGAGUAGUAAUAUAGUUAAUGUCUGAAGGACUAAUAUACUGAAGGAAGAGCUAAUUCUAUCUACACAGCUUUACAAAAUUGCAAAUCCAAGCAACCUAAAUACUCAAUACAGCUGAAGCCACAUGGACUUUCUACAAAAUACUGGAAAUCUGAGAACUGUUGCUACUAUAUAUAAACAAGCUGCAGAAUGUUAAAAAAAACCCACCAAGCCCAAAGAUCUGCAUGCCUUAUAAUCCCUAAAUGAAAUGUGUUUUCUACAGUUUAUGGGCAGAAUUGUUUGGCUUUCUUAGGUGAGACCAUUUUAUUCCUUAAUAUGAAAUGCAAUCUUUCCCUUUUUGAACAGCUAUUUCUUUCUAUUAUACAGUUCUCUUUGGAAACUGCAGUUAAAGUAAUCAAGUCCUGGGUCUGAAAGGUUAAUUGAAGCCACAUAAACAAAUGAAGACACAGAGCUCUGAAAACCUUCCUCCUUAAGAGGAGGACCAAGCAUCCCUGCUGUGUGGGUGCACUAAGUGUCUUUUAUUUUAAUCAGGAUGCAUCAGAUGUAACUUCGUUUAGCUGAUGAGGCUCCUUAGGAAAAAUGGUCUGUUGACAGACAUGGUUGGAGUUCCCUUUUUAGUGGUUAAUUUAUUUAGGAUGAAUAGUCUGAUGUUUGUUUAAAGCUUCUUUUGUAUGAUUUGUAGUAUUAGGUCUGUCAAACUCUAACUUUGGAUUUGGUCCAUUUAUUUUUAACUAAAAAUUUGGAUCUUUGAAUGAGGAAAUGAAGUAUCUUCAGAUGUACUAUAUCUCUGCCAUAAUUUUAUUGUGCAUGUUUUACCUCACAUCAUGCUUAGGUGUCUACAAGGGGAUUGCUCUAAAAGUGCCUGCUCUUGAUAUUUAGAUUCCCAAAUCAGUCUACAUCUAUAAUUUAUUCCACAUUUUCAUUUCACUCCACCAUUUCAGCUCUUCUUUCCUGUAUUUGACAUUACAGAGAUUUUCAGCUAGAAUGUCAGCCUAAACAUUAAACAUUAAAAACAUGAA